UAACUGCACGACCAUUGAGAAUUACAUUCAUAACAAUUAAGUUUCAUAGUGCUCCUUUUAACUGUCAUUUACGGUAAAACGAAAACGCCGGGUUAAGCUAGCUGCCUUAGCUAAAAAGCGAAUCAAUUUUCGCCGCGUUAUUUUGUAAAAAAAAAAAAAAAAAAAACAGAUUUAAAUAUGUUACGUCCUCUUAGUUAUAUGUAGCUUGAUAUAAAAUUGUGUACUAAUAGAACACAGCUUCAGUUUUGCGCUUGAGGGCAGCUUUCGCUUCGAAAGUAUUGAAAUGCUAACGAGCUAGCUAAUGUAGCUAGCUUGUAAAGUACGAAAACAACAUUUCUGAAGACUCCGGUGCCAAAUGGCGGACUCGCCGCCGCUAUCGGGUGUCAAUGUAGUGUUGGUGAUGGCGUACGGCAGUUUGGUGUUCGUGCUGCUCUUCAUUUUCGUCAAAAGGCAAAUUAUGCGUUUCGCCAUGAGAUCUCGCCGCGGCCCGCACGCACCCAUCGGCCACAAUGCUCCAAAAGGCCUACGGGAGGAUAUUGACUCCCGACUGUCUAAAGUUCACGAGAUCCGGUUCGAGCCUCGUCUUCUUCCCGAAGGAGAUGCCAGGCUAAGACGUGGAUCGCAGCUCAGUUGCUAUAACUACCUAUACAGGAUGAAAGCCCUGGAUGCCAUUCGGGACUCAGGCAUCCCAAUGGAGGAGAUAUGCAGCAGUCCCAACGCCUUCACGGGUCGAUGUUUCCGAAGCUGGCUGCUGGAGCUGCGCAACUCGCACUCGCUGAUCAAGAGCAGCCGCAGCGCACUCAUCGAUCGCCUGCUUGAAGGCUAUGACAGCGCCCGCCAUGGCACCGGGGUUUUCGGAGAGGCAGAAUUUCUCGAAUAUCAGCAGGCGCUCAAUGAAUUAGCAGAUGUUGUGAAGGCGUACUUGAGCAGCAGCAACGUGGAGCAGCAACACCAGUGUGCGGCCAAAGAUCUGACGGGUUCUCCGGUCCGCAGCGCUCCAUCCACCAUCCAGGUUACCUACCUGCCAUCGACCGGACCGCGCAGCAAGAGGCCUAAACACUUCCUGGAGCUCAAGAGUUUCAAAGACAACUAUAAUACGCUGGAGAGUACUUUGUGAUUGAAUUGUGUUUUUUAAUGUAUCACCUUUAUUGAAACUGUUAAUUUUUUUGUACAUUUCUGUAAAUAUUUAUUUAUUGAUGAGUCAUCUCAGAUUAAAAUGUUGAUCUGUUAACAAAGGUAUUCAGUUUCUUCAACGAGUUCAAGUGGUCAUCUAUGCUGUGCGUUCCUUAGGCCACUAGAUGGCACUGUAACAUAACCCACAAGCUGUAAUGUUGGCAUUUAAAUACAGGUACCUUUCAUGGUUUAUAUACUGGUACAGUGAGGAGCAAAAGUACAA